AUGGCAGAGCAUCGCAAGAUUUCUGCUACCCUUGUAGCUGGACAGGAGGAAGGUUCGUAUGUGUUCAAGAUAGAUGGAUACUCGAGAUCCAAGGCGCUACUCAAGACCGAAGAGUACGUGACUUGUGCCCCCUUCAGUUCUGGAGGCCACAGAUGGUACUUGAACUUUUACCUGAACGGCCGUUGGUUUACCCGUUACACAAGUGUGGGUCUGUUUCUUGAUUCCGCCGAGGCCGAAGAUGUGAAGGGGAAAUUCACGCUCAGCGUUCUCGACAAGAACGGAGAACCGGCGGUGCCUUCAGUUAGCUAUACAGACCCUGUACGUAUCCUGAGAAGCGAAACAGCAUUCCACGCUGGAUUCGUCAAGAUGGCUGGUCUGGAGGAAUCGGUGCAUGUGAAAGACGACUGUUUGACCAUCAUGUGCGUUAUCACGGUCAUGAAAGACAUCCCGAUGAGCGAAGAAACAACGGUUGAUCGGUUUGUGGUGGUUCCUCCAAGCAACUUGCACCAGCAUCUCGGCGACCUCCUCAAGAGCGAGGAUGCAGCAGAUGUAACCUUUCAGGUGGGUGAGCGGAGAUUCUACGCGCAUAGGGCUGUCCUUGCUGCUAGGUCAUCCGUCUUCAAAGCGGGACUCCUCGGCGCAAUGAAGGAGAACUCCGCCGGUAGUAUUAUUGAGAUCCGUGACAUGGAAGCUGAUGUGUUCAAAUCUUUACUCAAUUUCAUAUAUACCGACUCGGUUCCUCAUGCGCUUCAGAUCGCUAGCAACAAUCGCAAAUCGCUUCGAGAUGUGGUGAUGGCAGGACAUCUACUCGUAGCGGCAGACAUGUACGAUAUCGCGAGGCUGAAGCUGAUAUGCGAGAAGAAACUCUGCAAUCACAUCGAUUCUGACAUGGUGGCGACCACUUUAACUUUAGCGGAGCAGCAUGGUUUUCAUGAUCUCAAAGACGCUUGUUUAAGAUUCCUGGCUUCUCCUUCCAAUCUGGAGGCCAUGAUGGCCAGCGAUGGUUUUGCCCAUCUGAAAUCGAGCUGUCCAUCUGUUCUCAAGGAGCUGAUAGUCAGAAUCCUUCCGGCUGACCUGAAAGUGGCCAAGGAUCUUAUCAUGAUAAUGUAG